AUGCCUCGCUGGUCACUCGGCGCCUUCAUGACGCGCUCUCACAGCAACGAGAAUCUCUACACUCUCGACGCAGUGCUCAACUCCUCUACGUCAUUCAGGCUACACAUUCUGCGUCGCCAGCGUUCUGCGGUUUCUUGCGCAGUGUGGCUUUCCGCGGCGCGCCGCGAGCCGAGUCUGACCUUUGCUGACCCGCCUACGAUUUCGGCCCUUUUGCAGGGCGCAGAAGGCGUCUCACGUCUCCAGGCGGCGCGUGCGGCGCGCGGAGUCAUGGCGCAAGAUUCCGGUUCGCCCUCUCCUCCCGUCGCGGAGGCCCCUGGCGACCCUCCGCCGGGCGCGGCGCCUGCGCGGCAAUCUGCGUUUUCUCCUCCCUGGCCAAACUGCAGCAGCCACUUCCGCCGGUGGAUUUUCCUCCCGCAGCAGCUGGAGGCGCUCCGCGCGCGCACGCACGACGCGGCGUGUGCGGCGCUGCUGCGGCUCCGGCAGACGCGGAAGGGAGGCGAGAGAGCGACCCUCGAAGACGUGCGCGGCGCCUACCCCAGUCUGAAAUCUCUCCUCGACCUCUCGGAGUACUUUGCGCUGCAACUCGUCCUGAUUUGCAAACGCAAACGCAUCAGACUGCCCGUGAUCGAAACCGCCUUGGUGUAUCUUCACCGGUUUUGGUGCAAGCGGAGUCCUCUGUGUUACGAUAUCCGCAUGAUCAUUUUCGCGUGUCUCCUCCUCGCCCUCAAGGCCGAAGAUGUCGCGCGCCACUACAGCCUUGGCGAGCUCCUGGGAGACAUUGCAGAGUUGGACGUCGGCGAAGUUCUUCGGCUGGAGCUUCCGGUCUGCGACGCACUCGACUUCCACAUUCUCGUUCUGCACACGCGGGGCCCGCUGGCGGCGCUGAUGCGUCAGAUUUUCUUCCUCUCUGCUGAGGGCGGCGGCUGCUGCAGCGCGAUCGGCACGUCGUGUGAGAUGCGUGACGCGCCCGGACAGGGCGAGAGAGAGGGAGAGAAAGAAGAGAGAGGCGCCGGCGGCUGCCUGCCGCCUGCGUCUGAGUCGCAGGCGGAGGACGACGAAGUCAGGUGGCGCAUGCCUUUGCCGCCAGCGCUGCGGAAGCUUCAAGAGCAGAGUGAGGCAGAUGCUUUGCUCAUGUUUGUCUCGUCGGCGCUGCCUCUGCUGUACCCUCCCGGCGUCCUCGCAGUCGCCGCAGUUCUCUCGGCUGCGCAGAGUCACGCCUGCGCAGAGGCCCUUGCCGCGGCAGGGUUCACCGACAUCGAGAAAUUCGUCAAGCGCGCGGUAUGCGCACCGGCACCGCAGCGAGGCGCUGCCAAGCGGCUGCCAGAGGACGCGCGGCGCCCGCAGCCUGUCAAACGCCACAAGGAGGAACUGGCGCCCCCCCUGCAGAUGAAGAGCGAGUCCUCUAUUGCCGGUGAGGCUUCCGCUCCUCGCGAAGGAGAGCAGGAGGGCGCGUCGACUCAGGCGGCAGCGGGCGCCGGCGCCGGAGCUGUAAAGGACGAGAGGAAGACGAUUUUGAAGCGCGAGCCAGAGCUCGAGGGCGGGAGCCGAGCCCCGAGGGCUAGCGGGAGGGUAGCAGACGCCGACGAGACCGAGGAAGACAGAGAAAUUGAAGCCGUGUGGCGGGAGACCCUCGCGGCGCGAGUCGCUCACAUCCUCCAAGAACUGCAUCGCAUACGAGACCUCCAGCAGCGGGUUCACCAGCAGCAAGUGGGAGAGUCGAUGGGGCAGAUUCUCGAGGCCUGCGUGGAUGCCAUCGAGCAGCAGUUCGCGCUUGGCGACGGCGAGGCGGGACGAGGCUCGGGCGGCUCGCGAGACGACCGCAAAGAGAAAAAGAAGAAAAAGGAGAAGAAAAAGAAGAAGCACCGCGGCGACGCGGAGGACCUCAGCCGCGGCGACGAGAAAGACGGGGAACCUUACACGCCGCCGAAAGACGCGGUCUCGGAUACGUCGCACGUCGAAUCGACGGCGAGGAAGCCGAGUGAGUUGCAAGCUGGAGAGGGUCGCGAUAGAAUCCGCGCCCUCGCAGGAGACGAGAGCGGCGAGCCGCAGUCCGAUGAACAGAUCGCGACCUCCAGCGAUGUCAGUGCCUCGAGUUCGGUUGUCACGGCUCCGCGGUGA